UUAUUGGUCAGCUGUUCUUAUAGAGGCACGGGAUUGGUCCGGAGGUGAUUGUCGUCAGCGAAGUCGGAAAACAAUAAACACACGGUUAAAUGGUAGUAGGUCACUUACAGUCUCCGAAAUGCCAACGUCUCCAGUGAAAACCCGGGUCCCCCUCAGCAGCUUUGGUCAUCUCAUCACAGAGGUGAAGAAGCAGCUGUUUGGCAUCAAAGGACCCUCAUCUGUGCAGCUGACCGGUUGGAGGAAAUACUUCAAUAGCUACACACUGCAGGGCCGCAGAAAUUGUGUCUUGGCUACUUAUGGGGUCCUGGGGGCCACAGCUGCAGCGUUCCUGAUGCACAAGCAAAACAAAGAUGGAAGGCAGAUGUCUGCCUCCACGCACUGAAACUGUACGAUUCUUGAAGCUCUGAGCUGUUGACUGAGUGUUUUAUCAUGUCAAUAAAGGCUACACUCAUGCUGC